UUGCCGAUUCCGCUGCCAAAGAGCAACACAUGUUGAGCCAACACAUCGGAGACCGUAUCCUUGAAUGCGAUUAUCCUCAAUGUGGGGCUAAAUUCAAACUGUCCACUGAUAGGGAUAAACACAAAUUAACCCAUACGGGAAAGAGGAUCUCAGCGCCGCCUAAACUCACAAAUGGUGUUGUAGUGAGGGGUCGGGGUCGGCCCCCAACCAAAAAGAAGUUUUACAUUGAAAUCAGUUCGAGUGAAUCAUCCGUUGAGAGCGAAGAUGACGAUGAAGAAGAGGAAGAUGAAGAAGAAGCAGAAGAAUUGGUUUCAAAUGAGAAAAGUGUUGAUAAGGAGGCAGAGAGCGACCCGAAAGGUGAACAACCGUUAGAUUUGUCGAAAUCGGGCUCUAAUUCGAAGAGAGAUACAAACAAAGUGUCAGAAAAGAAGACAAAAACUCCGGCAAAAAGAGGCCGAAAGCGCAAAGAAAUGGUGGUCUCCGAGACUGUCAUA